AUGCUUACACUUUUUAUUUACUCUAGGGGAAACUUGCAGCAAGCCGAAGCAGACUCACGCGAGGAGGAGCAGCUGCAGAGCGGGAAAAAGGCUGAACACAGGGCGGGCAGGCCGCAUCUGGAGUUCAGCACUCAAGGGCAGAUACCGGGUUGCUGGAUCAACGUGAUUAAAUUUUUUAUCAUCAAAGAUCCGAUGAUCAUAGAGGAAGUUUUUUCGAAACGCACAGAGAAGAGUUCUGCGGCAAUGGCGCACAGGCGAGGCUCUGCGAAGUCUCUGAAAAAGCUUUGCAAGUUGGAAAACUGGGCGGGCGGGCUUGUUUGGCACAAUCAAACGGGCGAAUAUAUAGAGAAGUUUUAA